AAGUAUAGUAAGAAAGACGAUUGGAAGCAAGUGGGACCUUGGCUUGCGAGUCAUUUUGGGUGGUGUUCCCAUAUUUUCACACACUCUUCUCCUUGCAUUGGGACAUCCGCAAACACCAACUCUCUCUCUCUCUCUCUCUUCACUGUGCACUUUUCUUUCUGAAUUUCCCUACCAAUAUUCAUUUGUUUUUCACUUUUGCCAAAACCUUGUCUUGUAUAUAAAUACAUCACCACACAACUCAUGCAACUCCGUCUCUUCAUUUUAAUUUCAUUCAUCUACCACCACCACACCGGCCCCCUUUUUCUUCUUCUUCUUUCGAAACCCUAAAGCUAGCCACCUCCCAUGGACAACCAACUUGACUCACAACCACCACCACAACCCGCGCGCUUAAAGCUAUUUGGCUUCAGCGUCCAUGAAGACUCCACCAUGGAAGAAGAAUUACUACUCAUGCAUGAAGACGUAGCAGAUUCAACAACAAAACCAUCACCUUCUUCCACCUCCCCCUCUAGGUCGCCGGAUUCCGCCGGAGCCGCUGCAGGAGCCAGCGGCGGUUUUGCGUCCUCCUCUUCCGGGGAGCGGAAAUACGAGUGUCAGUACUGUUGCAGAGAGUUCGCAAAUUCACAAGCACUUGGUGGACACCAAAACGCGCACAAGAAAGAGCGUCAACAGCUCAAGCGAGCACAGUUACAAGCCACGCGAAACGCCGCCGCCGUUUCCUUCGUCAGAAACCCCAUCAUCUCUGCCUUCGCACCACCGCCGCACCUGCUUGCUCCGCCGGGGUCCAUGGUCAUGCCGGCGCCACCUCCAUCGUGGGUGUACAUGCCGCCGCGUGCAGCUCCUCCUCCGUUCCACGUGUCAGUAUCUCACGGGUGCGUGUUCCCUUCGGCGAACAGCAGUAAUAAUAGUAGCAACUACAGUUACGGUAACGGUAACGGUAACAGUAACGGUAAUUGUAGCAUUAAAAAUGGGGGUGUAGGGUUCCCCUAUGGUGGCGGUGUAGGGGAACCGUCAAGUGCAUUGUCAACGAUGAUGGGGUCGCAGAUGCAAGUGCAGGUACAGGCCCGGGCCCACCAUGGCAGGAUGGACGGGUCCUCUUUGAGUAGGUUCUCCAAAGGAGAUGGUGGGCCCAGUUUUGAUGAUUCAUUGGGCUUGGACUUGCACCUUAGCCUUGCACCAGCUGCGCCGUAACUGUUAGCCGUUUCUAGCUUCAGCCUUCAUGCGCCACUUAAUUAUUAUUAUUAUUUUAUUGUUAUCAUCAUCUGCUUCAAAUCUUGUACAUUUUCACAUAUUUAUUUUUUCUUUUUCUUAAAAAAAAAAAGGUAAAACUUGAAAUCAAA